AUGUUGUUUUUCACCGACACCGUCGAUGACAUCCAGGAACCAGACAUAAACAGUCAUCUCGAUUACCAACGCAGCCUCUGGAAAUGGAAGAUGGAGAUGCAGGCAGCAGCGCGGUGUCACUACGGCCUCUUACCAUCGUUUACCCUUCGUGUGUGUGAGUGGCAGCUGACAUUUCCAAUCGAGAGGUGUUCAAGCCACAGCGCUCCGGUGACUGCAACAGACACCAUGAAGCUCCACCUCCUCCUGCUCGCCCUUCUGAUGUCACUGAUGAUGUCACCAACGAUCGCCGCACCAAACAUGGACCCCACACUGGACCCAGAGCCGUCAGAGCCAGAGCCAACUGAGCCAGAGCCAACUGAGCCAGAUGAAGAAAGUGUGAGCAACAUCAUCGCCAAAGCCAACAAGAACCUUGCCUCUGCGAUGUCUGAAGGAGACAUAAAGUCCGACGGCCGCAGAAACGCACUCAGCUGUGAGUCAUGCCAGUGGCCCAAAAGCGGGAGCUACGUCAACAUCUUCUACCACCUCAGCAACAGCUACACUUCAGAGCAGAAGAACUUCAUUCGUUCUGUGAUGACCGGACUGGAGGAUAAAACCUGCAUCCGCUUCAAAGAUGUGAACAGUGUCUCGUGGUGGAAAUAUUUAAGCCAUCUGUCCAUCUACCCAGGGAACGGGUGCUGGUCGUACAUCGGCAGGGUUUUGAACCUCAGGAUUCAGCCCCUCUCCCUCUCUUCUGGCUGUUUCACCACGGCAACCGUCCAACAUGAGCUUUUCCACGCACUCGGCUUCACCCACGAACACUCCCGCUCCGACCGCGACGACCAUGUGACCGUGCACGUCCAGAACAUCCAAUCAGAUAAACUGCACAACUUCAACAAGUACAAAACCAACAACUUGUACACGCCCUACGACUUCAACUCCGUCAUGCAGUACCACAAUUGGGCCUGGACCAGUAACAAGAAGGCGACUCUGACCUCAAAACAAAACCCAGGGUUGAUAUUUGGAUUUGCGAAGGUUGCAAGCGACAACGACAUCCUGCGGGUGAACCGCUACUACAAGUGCAAUGUCUGA